AUGGGGUUAGCAUUGACCAAAAUAUGGAGAAACUUGUUCGGAAAGAAGGACAUGAGGAUUCUCAUGGUUGGACUUGAUGCAGCAGGGAAAACAACAAUUUUAUAUAAGUUAAAGUUGGGUGAGGUGGUAACAACAAUUCCAACUAUUGGAUUUAAUGUUGAAACUGUCGAAUAUAAGAAUAUUUCCUUUACAGUUUGGGAUGUUGGUGGCCAAGAUAAGAUCAGACCUUUAUGGAGACAUUAUUAUUCUAAUACUGACGGUUUGAUCUUCGUCAUUGAUAGUAACGAUAGGGAACGUAUCAAUGAUGCAAGAGAUGAGCUGGCCAGAAUGCUCGGAGAAGAUGAAUUAAGAGAUGCUGUUCUUUUAGUAUUUGCAAAUAAACAAGAUCUUCCUAAUGCUAUGAGCGCUACUGAUAUUACUGAGAAACUCCAACUUAGUGGAAUCCGAAACAGAAAUUGGUUCAUUCAGUCAACCUGUGCUACAUCUGGAGACGGUCUCUACGAAGGUCUUGACUGGUUAUCAAGAACACUUGCUUCUAGAAGCAAUAACUAA